UUUUUGACCGCAUGGAGAAAAGUGCAACUGUGAAUGGCCUAGAAUAGAGAAAAGGGCAGAGAGAUAGAGACCAGUAGUGGAAGAGAAGACAGAGACACAGUCACCAAGGGAGCGGGGAAGAACCCUAGAGUGAGGAUUCUCUGUUUUGAGGAGUGGAUUUAUGUCGGCUGAGCUUGAUUUGGCUUUGGUUGGGGUGCAAUUGCAGCUCUGGAUUUUUUCUUUGAUUGCAAAAACUUUCGUUGUUGCUUGUUGCUGUUCCCUCUAUAUGCUUCUCUGCUGUUUACAACAGAGUUUGAAUCUGGUGUACUCAGUAAUUUCGAUGCCUUUGAGACCAAAAAGGACUUGUUCUUUUGGGGCUUUCUUCUAUCUUUUCCUGUUCUUGAGAGGGGCUCUCACUUGAUAAUCAAAUAAACCUUCUCUGCUUUAGUUUCUUCUGAUUUGUUCCUUCCUUUAUCAUUCCCAAAGUUCUGUGCUUCUCAAUUUGAACGGUUUUGAAUAGUCUCCGUCGUUCAUAAUUCCAGAACCAAAAAGGCAACCUUUUCAUCCCAUAUAAUCCUGCCAAAAAUUCAACGAUUCAAAUCCAGUUUUGUCCCAGUAGUCUAAAAUCGAGUCCAAAAUGAGAAAAAUCCGUGUCAUCUGGAAUGAUCCAUAUGCCACAGAAACUGAUUCGAGCGAUGAUGAAUCUGAUAAAAGAUCCUUUAAAAAACGGUUCGUGCGAGAAAUCAAUCUUCCACUCGCUGUUUCUCCCCAGCCAAAAGCCCUUGAGCCUGAGAGCUCCUGUCAAGACAGUAAUAAUAGUGCUAACCCCCCCAGUAAGAGGAGAAGGGUUUUGCCUAAAACCCCAACAUCAACAACCGAAGAAAAGAAACCAGCACCGAAGAAACCUGUAGGUGUCAGGCAAAGGAAAUGGGGUAAAUGGGCAGCUGAGAUUAGGAAUCCAGUGACCAAAGUGAGGACAUGGUUGGGUACUUUCAAUACUCUCGAAGAAGCUGCGCAAGCCUACGAGGCGAAGAAGCAGGAGUAUGAGGCUCUCGCUUUGGCUAUGGCUGCCUCUGAGAAAAGCCACAUCAUGACAUGUGGUGGUGUCUCACAAUCUCAUUCUCACAGUAGCUGCAAAAAUCAAGGCAGUUCGGCUUCCGAUGAAACUGAUGAGAGCGUAGUUUCACAUACUUCCCCAGCUUCUGUUCUUGAACUUGAAACUUCUGUGGUGUCAAAUGUCACUGGUGAUUUUGGUCUUUCGAUUAAAGAUGAAGAUAUUUGUGCCUCUGUUGCGGAUCUUGAUAUACCUGAUCUGGCUUUUAUGUCCGAUCCUUUGGCUUCUUGUCCGUUUGAGCAUGAUCUUAACCUUGGACAGGAGGUCGGGAAUCUUAUUGACGAGUUUGGUCGUUUCUAUGAUGAUUACUGUGGCAUUGUUGAUCUUGAUAUCUGCGGGCUAAAUGGUGAUGAACCAAGCGAUCUUCCUGAUUAUGAUUUCGAGUUUGGCAACGAGGAGUUUUCUUAUUUGGAUGAUCAUCAACAGAAACCUCUCAACAUCGCAUGCCUAUAAUUUUUGCAGCUAGGAUUUUAGUAAUAGUAAAGUUAUCAUUAUUAUUAUGUUCAGUUUAUUUUUGAGUUAUAUUACAGAGACCAGAGAUCUGAGGUGGACUACUUAAACAGAGGCCCUUGAGAAUGUUUUUGCAAGUGAGUACUGUUUUUAUGUUUUGUUGAGUGAUAGGGAGGAGUGAACACAUUUUACUGCGCAAGUAUUCUUUGGGUUUUGCUGUGCUAAUAGAGCCGUCCAAGGAAUUCUCCAGUUUCUUGAAUUGUUUUCAAUGUUACUGGGUUUUUUGAGUUUUGCUCAUUCCUCACAUCUUGUCUAUGUUAAAGCAAUUAAAUCGAACUUAUGAGAUUUUCAGCUU